GCUCUGAAUGUAUGUUAGCAAUAAAACGGGACUGAAACUACAAAACAUAAAUAAAAGGGCAUUCAUCUUUUGUAGUUUCACUUUUGGUUUGUCAGAUGUCAAGUCCUCCUGACGCUUGAAGGAGCACCUGUCGUCCCAACAUCCUUUGCGUUUCCAAUAUGGAAGAACUGGCGGUGGAGGUCCGUGGCUCCAACGGGGCUUAUUACAAGGGCUUUGUCAAAGAUAUCCACGAUGACUCUCUCACCAUUGCCUUUGAGAACAAUUGGCAGCCAGAACGCCAAGUGCCCUUCAGUGAUGUCAGGAUGCCCCCACCUGCUGAUGUCAAGAAGGAGAUUGGAGAGGGUGACGAGGUGGAGAUCUUUUCUAGAGCCACUGAACUUGAGCCGUGUGGUUGGUGGUUGGCUAAAGUCCGCAUGAUGAAGGGAGAUUUCUAUGUGAUUGAGUAUGCAGCCUGUGACGCGACUUACAACGAAAUAGUGACCUUUGAACGUCUGCGUCCGGUCAACACCAACAAGGCCAUCACCAAGAACUCCUUUCACAAGUGCUUUGUCCCGGUUCCUCAGGAUCUACAAGAAGCGUGCCAGAAUGAAAAUGCUCAUAAAGACUUCAAGAAAGCCGUGGGAGCCUCUCACAUCUCAUACUGCCCUGAGACCAGCCAACUAGUGAUUGUGUCCACCAACGAGACGACAGUGAAGCGUGUGUCUUUGCUGAGUGACAUGCACCUGCGCAGCCUCAGGACCAAGCUACUUCUAAUGUCACGCAACCAGGAAGCCACAAAACACCUUGAGAACUCCAGGCACUUGGUGUCUUCCUUCCAGGAGGAGUUUACAGUGAGACUGGAUCUAAUGGGCCUGGCCAUUGGCAGCCAUGGUAGCAACAUCCAGCAAGCCCGGAAGGUUCCAGGUGUAACUGCCAUUGAGCUGGAUGAGGAGUCAGGCAAUUUCAGGAUUUAUGGGGAGACAGCAGAGGCGGUAAAGAAAGCCAGAGGCUUCUUGGAAUUUGUAGAGGAUUCGGUCCAGGUGCCAAGAAACCUUGUUGGCAAAGUGAUUGGUAAAAAUGGUAAGGUCAUCCAGGAGAUAGUGGACAAGUCCGGUGUGGUGCGUGUCAGGAUAGAAGGAGAUAACGAUACCAAGCAGCCCAGACAAGAAGGAAUGGUCCCAUUCACAUUUGUCGGCACUAAGGAGAGCAUUGGCAACGUUCAGGUCUUGUUGGAGUACCACAUCUCUUACCUAAAUGACAUGGUGGAGCUACUUGCAGAGGGCGCGCAGCUAGCGGAAGAGCUGAGGCAGAUUGUGGAUUAUACACAGGGAGGCAGCCUAGCAAGAUUAAGAAUAAACAACACAAGGCACACUGGAUGUGAUGUAGAUGAGGUGGAGCAGCUUCGUCUGGAACGGAUGCAGAUUGACGAACAGUUGCGUCAGAUUACCCAGGGCCACCGACCAGUUGACAGGGACAGGGGAGAGAGGGGGGAGAGAGGAGGCGGGUAUAAUACAGAAAACAAUGCCAAUGCCUCCUCUACGUCCGUGCAUGGCAGUCGCUCCUACAACAGCCGAGGGCGUGGACGCAGGGGCCACAACUACAGCACUGGAUAUGGCAACACCUCAGAGCAGUCCAACGCCUCUGAGACAGAUUCUGAGCGCAAAGAUGAGCUGAGUGACUGGUCUCUGGCUGGAGAAGAUCAUGAAAGGGAGCGGGAGAGAGGCCCACGGCCACAGAGAGAUGGCCGCAGAAGGCCAGGACCCGGCCGAGGAAGGGGAAGGGGACGAGGAGGAAGAGGAAGUUACAGCAACAGCUCUGCAGGGCCUCGAGACCAUGAGGAUAACCAUCACUAUGGAGCCUUGGAGGUAAACACAGAGACCGAUCAGACAGCUGAUACAGAUGCUAGCGACUCCAACUUGCCUGCUAACCGCCGCAGAAGAUCUCGGCGACGCAGAACAGAUGAGGAUACCACUCUGAUUGAUGGCAUGAGCGAGUCAGACAACGCCUCUAUGAGUGAAAAUGGAACAGAUGACCAGGAAGCUAAACCUCAACGUCGUAAUCGUAGCCGGCGUCGCAGAAACCGUCUGCCUGAAGAGAGGCAGCCAGGUAACCAGGCAACUGGAUCACCUAGUGUGCCUUCCUCCAUUACUGUGGCUGACUACAUAUCCAGGGCUGAGUCUCAGAGCAGACAGAUGAUCGAGAAGGACUCCCAGAAAAACAAGGAUGUGGGUCAGGUGGAUGUCAUCGCUGAACACAGCCCAAACUCUGCCGUGGCAACCACUAAUGGUUCUAACGGUGCAGCCGAUGGCGACGGCAACAAUGGCACAAGAGCUCCCAGGUCUUCCACUGAGAAGACCACUAAAGUCUCCUACAAGGAGGAAUCUAACCCAGAAGCUGUUGUUAAUGGACUCUCCUAGUCAGGGCAAGGAAAAUGGUUUCAAAUAUUUGAACUUCUAGAGCUGCACUUGAUUGAAUCUCCAUGACUGGAGCAGCUUCAGAAGUGAACCAUAACAUUUAAAGCACUGUUCUCUCUCUCUCUUUUUUAUUUUAGAUUUUCCAAAUAUUUGUGACCUGUUCCGCUGUGCAAAUUUCAGAGGUCAGAACCUGAACCUCCCUUUUUACACCUGUUUUAUCCAACUAUUCAUUUUACUUUUUUUUUUUUUUUUUACAAUAGUUCUUCCUGUAUGAGCUUGCCAAAGAUAGUCAAACACACAUAAACUUACAGAUGUGUACAUGAACUGUGCUUUUCAGUCCUGUCUUCACUGAGAGCUCUGGGAGAGGCUGCACUGAGUACAGCGUUUAUUAAAUCAGACAGGGAUUCCACUCAAACCCAUACUGUGGUAUGAAUGCAGCAGUCCUUUUUCUAUUCGUAGAAACAUCACAGCAGGGUUUUAAAACAUUAACAAAAAGAAAAAAAAAAAAGCCUUUUCCUAGUUGGAUCCAGAAAAAUGCUUCCAUAAACUUAUUUCAGGAUGUAAAUUAACUGAUCUGCAUGGGCAGUAGCACAGUGCAGAUUGGCUUGUUGGAAACCCCAAGUAUGUUUGACAUACACGUGAUUAGCUGUCGUGCCUUGAGAGUAGAUUCAACAUGUCGUUGCCUGGCUCUGCAUGCCAUCUGAAAUCCUUUCACCUGUUUCUGUGUUAGCCUUCAUCUGCCACAGCGGAACCAGACACGGCGUCUCCAUGUGCUAAAUGUUCUCUUAUGGUACUGCGGGAGGUGAAGGCAACCACUGAAACACCCCAAAAGGAUUUUAGGGGCAUCUUUUUAAAGUCAGGAGUGUCUGUUCUCGUUGUGGGGAGGGUGGGGAUGAAUCCAGUUAUCCUUUAUAUAUAUAUAAAUAUAUAUAUAUAUAAAUAAAUAUAUCUGUUGAAGAAUUUCACAUUAGCUGCUUCCUGUUUUUCCAAUAUGCAACCACUUGGGUCACAGAAGAAAUGCUUUUACAUCGUGUCUGGAAAAGAAACUGUAGAAGAGUUGUUUUCUUUGCACUGAAACAUAACCUUUCUUCUGUUUAAAACGUGAUUGUAGUUGAGUCUGAAAACUGGCUUGUUACCGUUUAGUGCUGGACAGAUAUGUACCAUCAGUGCUCGGUCACCUGGAAACAUCUCAUUCCUAAACAUUGUUUCAUUACGUACAUCACGAGUAAUGCUUGAUGCUGAUUAAUUUUUUCCCUCACUAGGAAUUCAAUAAAGUCACUUGAGUUUCUUUUAGGUUAUUGUCCACUUUUAUCUGCCCACUGUUGGGGAAAACAGAGCCCUGUAAAAACCGACCACUGCGGUGUUGAGAUGUUUCCAGAAAACCUUGCCCAGGUGACGAUGUCAUUUUCAUGGUUCUUCCACACUGGCUGGCUGGAAACUGGUCAUGACUGUUCCACUAAGGAAGGAGAUAUAUUUGGUUUAUUUAUUUUUAAGAAAAUGUACAGUAUUUAAAAAAACAAACAAAAACAAUCUCUUCUGUUUUCUUGACACUAACAUGCGAUGCUUAGAGGUUUUCUUUUGGGACAAAUUUGGACUACUGAGAGUUGUGACAUCCCAAGUGUUUUUGUUGGGUCAACUACAGUAAAGUUUUUUUUGUUGUUUUUUUAAGGAUCGUCUGGUUGGUUGAUGUGCAAUAUGUUUUGUAUGCAGGUGGUUCUUAAAUAAACUUGAUCUUUCGUGUAGAUCUAAAA